AUGAAUACAUGUGAGUUUUACUAUAUUAGCCGACGAAAUAAUUUACCAAUACAAGCCAAAGGUAUCGAAAAAUCAUGGCCCGAACUUCAGCAAGAGUUUGGUCGCACUGGGCCAGGUUAUCCAGGUGCAACUUAUUAUAAAACCAUUAGCUCUGAAGGACCUCAGUUAUUUGCUGUUGUCAAUAAAAAAUGGGUUUUAUAUCAUGAAGGAGAUAAAUGGCAUCGAUAUAUUACAGCAUGUGGUUUGAAAUUUGAAACAGUACAAUACAAUAGAUUGAAUUCUAACAGAGCAAUCAAUGAACAAGAAGAUGAAUCAUGGGUUAUUGUUUCAGAGAAUGAUUUCGAUACUGAGUUAGCUAAUGAUAAUAUGUAA